GUUGAAUCAUUUAUUUUGGACCAAGAAGAUCUUGAUAACCCAGUACUUAAAACCACGUCGGAGUUAUUCUUAUCGAGCGCUGCAGAAGGUGCGGACUUGAGAACUGUGGAUCCAGAAACACAAGCAAGACUCGAAGCCUUACUGGAGGCAGCAGGAAUCGGUAAAUUGUCCACUGCCGAUGGCAAAGCCUUCGCAGAUCCCGAGGUCCUCCGGAGGCUGACGUCCUCCGUCAGCUGCGCCCUGGACGAAGCUGCCGCCGCGUUGACGCGGAUGAGAGCAGAGAACAAUCACAACGCGGGACAAGUGGACAAUCGCAGUUUGGCAGAAGCAUGCUCAGAUGGGGAUGUCAAUGCUGUCCGGAAGCUGCUGGAUGAAGGCAGAAGUGUCAAUGAACACACGGAAGAAGGGGAGAGUCUCCUUUGCUUGGCCUGUUUUUUUUGAUAUUAUGAAUUGGCACAAGUGCUGCUAGCAAUGCAUGCAAACGUUGAAGAUCGAGGGAAUAAAGGAGACAUAACUCCCUUAAUGGCAGCUGCCAGCGGAGGCUAUGUAGAUAUCGUGAAACUGCUCCUUGUUCAUUGUGCAGAUGUCAACGCGCAGUCUUCAACAGGGAACACAGCUCUCACUUACGCUUGUGCUGGGGGCUUUGUUGACAUAGUGAAGGUGCUAUUGAAAGCCGGUGCUAACAUAGAAGACCACAAUGAGAAUGGCCAUACCCCCUUAAUGGAAGCAGCCAGUGCAGGUCAUGUUGAGGUUGCGAGAGUAUUGCUGGAAUAUGGUGCAGGAAUCAACACUCACUCCAACGAGUUCAAAGAAAGUGCACUUACACUUGCAUGCUAUAAAG